AUGGCGACAAUACCAGUUGUUGUCAAACACCAAGGCAAAAAGUACGAUGUCGAGGUGGAUACCGAAUCGACCGGCGAGGUCUUCAAGUUCCAACUCUACAGUCUCACCGGAGUCGAACCCGAGCGUCAGAAGAUCGUCGUCAAGGGUGGACAACUGAAAGAUGACGCCCCCAUGAGCAAGUUCGGCUUCAAGCCGGGCCAAACCAUCAUGAUGCUUGGAACGCCUGGUAACGACGGAGGGGAAGGCCUUGCACGGCCGAAGGAGCAGAUCAAGUUCGUCGAGGACAUGACCGAGGCCGAAGCUGCGCAGCAGGAGGGAGCGACACCUGCCGGGUUGACCAACCUUGGCAAUACCUGCUACCUAAACUCGACACUCCAGACCCUUCGUGCUAUUCCGGAGCUGCACGAUGCACUCGUCAAAUACGAACCGCAGAGCGCGGGUGCUACCGGCACUCUGCCUCAACUGGAUCUGACGAAACAGCUGCGAGAUCUUUACAAGUACAUGGGCGAAACCCAGGAUGCCUUUCCCCCGCACGCUUUUCUCGCCGCUCUGCGAGGCGCAUUUCCCCAGUUUGCCGAGCGCUCUCGUACCGGUGGUGGCUUUGCUCAACAGGAUGCUGAAGAGGCUUGGUCUCAGAUUGUUUCGCAGCUGCGAUCGAAGCUCCGCGUCAAAGACCACCCCCAAGCUACGACUGACUCGCCGUUUAUCGACAGGUACAUGUCAGGAGAAUUCUCUUCGGAGCUGCUUUGUGAUGAGCCUGCUGCCAGGGAGGGUGGAGAGGAGCCCAUUACCUCCAAGGACACCUUUCUGAAGCUCAACUGUCACAUUGACGGUAGCACGAAUCAUCUGCGAGAUGGCAUUGCAAAUGGUCUGAGUGAGAAGCUGGAGAAGAGAUCCGAAGUGCUUGGAAGAGACGCCGUCUACACCAAGACAUCCAAGAUCUCCCGGUUACCCAAAUACCUGACGGUCCAGUUUGUGCGAUUCUUCUGGAAACGGGAAACUCAAAAGAAGGCCAAGAUCAUGCGAAAGGUCACGUUUCCACACGAACUGGACGUCGUCGAGUUCUGCGACGACAACCUCAAGAAGAUGCUUGUGCCGGUCAGAGACAAGGUUCGAGAGGUCCGGAAAGACGAGGAGGACAUCGAGCGUAUGCGGAAACGACGCAAGCUGAACGCCAAAGGCGAGGAUAUUCCCGGACCGUCCAUCCUCACGGGCGGAAAGAAGGAUGACAAGAAGGACGACAAGAAGGCUGGUACCUCGGCAGAUGGCGACGUUGAGAUGACCGAGACUUUCAAGACGGACGACGAGAUCGAUGCGGAGCGCGACGCUGGACUCCUUGCUGCGAAGAAGGAGCUGAACUCCCUCAUCAAUCCUGACCUGGCUAAGGAUGAUGGAGCCAAUCAGUCGGGCCUGUACGAGCUUCGUGGAGUGGUCACCCACCAGGGCGCCAGCGCGGACAGCGGUCAUUACACAGGUUACGUCAAGAAAACGGCCCCUAUUGACCCGAAGACCGGCAAGCGGCAAGAAGAGGAUGGCAACUGGUGGUGGUUCAACGACGACAAGGUCUCGGAGGUCACCUCUGACAAGAUUGAUGCGCUGGCGGGGGGUGGCGAAUCGCACUCGGCUCUCAUCUUGCUGUACAGAGCGAUUCCCCUGCCUGCCGCCGAUGGCAUCGUUGAAUGA